AUGGAUAAUAGUAUUAAUCAAGAAGCAAUUGCUGAUAACAAUGCAUCUGUGAAUAAUAACUUGCCUGUCAAUCCUCCUAUUUUGAAUGAUGCUACUAAUCCUAAUCCCCCGAGCAUUAACGAUAGUCAGUCACAAGUUUUCAAUGGAGGUGGAAUUCACAAGAUGAAGAAACAUCUAGCACAGAUUACUGGAGACGUGAAAAAAUGUCCUAAAGUUCCAUAUGAUGUGGAAAAACAGAUAAAAAGUUUAUUGAAAGAAAUUCAGACCAACAAAAACAAAAGAAAAGUAAGCUUUAGUGAAGAAGGUGGUGAUGAGAUAGAGGAUGAAAUUGAUGAAGCAAUAGCUCAAGAAGAACAGCAGCGUACUUCGAGUCAGCAAGUGGUGAUACAUGAGGUUGAUAAAUGGUUUGCUCAAUGGCUUUUGGAUUGUAAAAUUCCAUUUAAUGCUGUGAUAUUGCCAUUUUUCCAAGAUAUGCUGGAUUGUGUUGCUGAUGCUUCCAGUAUCAUAAAAAAUGCUUCACACUUGUAUAUUUUGUUUUCUGAGGUGAUUGAAUGGAUUCACUCUAAUGAUAUUGUGCAUGUUGUGACUGAUAAUGUGGCCAAUUAUAUUGCUGCUGGAAGGCUUAUCAAUAAGAAAUAUGAUAAUAUCAUAAAAGGACCUAAUUGGAGAGAAAUUGUACGUCCUGGUGCAACCCGUUUUGCAACUGUGUUUAUCAUAUUGAAGAGCAUCUUUGAGCGUAAAGUGGAUUUGCUUGUUGAUGCUAAUGACAAACCAUCUUUGGGAUAUGUUUAUGAAGGAAUGCUAAAGGCGGAUGAUGCAAUUAAAGAGAUGUUUAAGCAAAACAAAACUGCAUAUCAGCUAUACAUAGAUAUUAUCAACUCAAGAUGGGACAAGCAUUUGAAGAAAGAUCUUCAUGCAUAUAACAAUUUGGAUUCAAUUGAGGCAAUGAAAGAAUUACAUUUAUAUAGAGAUCGGAAAGAAAGCUUUGAUAGACCAGAAGCUAUUCGAGCUGCAUCUAAACUUAAGCUUGGUAAGAAUAUUUGA